AUGAUUGCUUUUCUGAAUUGGAGAAGAAAACUUAUUUACAUAAGUAGUGGGAGAUAUGGAGCCCACAUCUAUACUGGCAGGAAUUUUCAUGGUAAGUAGCAAUGAAAUGAAUAACUUUCUGACGCUGUAUGUUAUCACUUUUUAAUUUCAAUAGUAUAAUUGAAGUCCUUACAAAACUACUGUAGACAUAUUUGGGUGUAAUUUUUUGUCUUCGGUCUUCACGUUUUCGUUCCAUAAGUGGUUUCUUGUACUUUUUAAUUUCUUAUAGAAUUGAAAGUUAGAGAUGGAUAUUCUGCCACCCCCACCAUAAAGGCUGAAUCAACGUUUGUUCGAUCGAAUACUGUGAAUACUGGCACGCUUGAAAUGCUGAUUUGGUUCAUUCUCCAUGACCAAUGUAAGUUGUUUUCAAUUUUCAAGUACGGUUCAUUUGAACGUAAAGUUGCAAAUUGCUACCGGACUCAAGACCUAUAAGCUUUAGAAGGAAAGAGUUGCUGCUGAGUAAAUUAGGGACCUUAAGAUCCGAAGACGGCGACGGCAACGAGAACGUAAAAAAAAAUUAGGUUUAAUACAAAAUAAAAACAACAACUUUUCACUUGCUACCAGGCUAACCGGCACCCUCGAAACCACAUAGGACAAUGAGCCACAGACUUAUAGCACAGUAUCGUUACAUUAAACUGUUGUUAUAUAUUAACGUCUCUAAUUCUGUUUCAGUGCGUGUUGAUUUACGGAUGCUAAGAUUGUUUCCGAUUAACCGCCGCGCAACUGUUUACACAGUUGAACAGAUUCUGGAAGGAGGAACAGAAGAAUUGCAAGCCCUACAACAGUUCAUCUUGAGAGGCCAAGGUAGGCAAUGAAGACAACGAUUUUUCUGUGCUUGCUCGAGCUCAUUUAUUAAAUAAUGUAGUUUUUCCGGUCUCAGCGCGAAAUUCGGGAAUUAUACAAGACUUAACUUUGGCGCAGCUCCGCAGAUGUUAGCAAUCAUUUUAUACUGAAUUUACAUUAUAACUAGUUUAUUAAGUAAGUAAAGUUAAAACAGAAGGUCAUGGAAAUUGGGAUGUCCACUCCUUGCGCGAGAGGGAAAAAAGAUGAUCUUACCGUAAAUAUGUUUCAACUUACGCAAUCCAUGCACCUUUAAUAUAGCCUUCUCGAAAUAAAUUUUCCAGACUGAAUUAAAGUCAAGACCUUGUACUCGGUCACCGGCACCGUGCCCAAAUUCUAGCGUGGGUACUUGAUCGAAAAAAGGGUGUGUUCACAUUAAUGCUCAGUGAGAACCGUACUUCGGCACCGUGCUCGGGCACUAAGUGUGAACGCUGCCUUGUAGUUUUUGGGAUCCUAGUGAAUGAACAUCUUUAUUUUCAGCUGUUGGUCCAUAUGAUGCACGAAACCGUUUGCAGAGUACGGAAAGGACUGUGACCGCCACGUGUUUUGGAGAUGAAGUCCAAAGGGAAGAGAGAUAUCAAGAAAACGUUCAUGAAAAUUGUGCCGCGUUUAACGCAGACGAAGGUAUGAAAUAUCGGGAAGAAACUAAAUUGAACGGAAAUGACGACGACAGUGACAGCAACUACGAGCCUGCAAACGUUAUUAGAAGAGCUUUGACAGUCAUUUUUUCAAGGGUAAACAACGGAAAGGAUCAAACUUCUUCAGCACAGGAUCACCAAGAUCUUGGAAAAGAUGGUUUGACAAAGAUGGAGGGCUCGAAAACCCCCGAAUACAGCGAAAAUGUAAAAGACGAAAAAGUGUCGGUUACUGGAGACUGUUUGAAGGAUAGGAGAGGGGAUGAAAGAAACUCUUCAGUUGUGAAUGCUUCUGAGUCAAAGGAAGGUCCCAAGGACAUGAGGGAAGUAAUGAGAUCAAUGUCAGCUGAGUCUUGCUUGGUAAGAGAAGAAUUUAUCGGCAAUGAAGGGUCAGUUGCUCAAAAGAUAGAGGCAGCUGCAUCGAGGUCAUUAAAUUUUCAAGAAGACAGUAUGGACAAGGAGUUUAAAGAAGAAAGAUUUCUUUAUCCCAGUGAUGUGGACGAAGGCUCGAAAAAGACUAUCAAAGCUUAUUAUGGUAUGGCAGGAGGGUUUACGAAUGAAUCGAGUGUGUCAUUGACACAAGGGCAAGAAAUUGAGAAGGAGGAAUACGAUAUCUCAGAAAAGGAAUGGCAAACAUUAGACAGAAUUUGUCAAGGACGAAGAUACGUUCAGAAGUUGCCAAUUCCGCGUUGUUUCCUGGGACGGCUGCCAGCUGAGACUCUGUCUGUUUAUAUGGACAGAAAAGCAACCUCUCGCUUUGUCUUGGACUAUUCUAAGAUCGCUAUUGGAUGUGGGGUAGCAGCGUUAACUUUGUUUGCUGUUUACAAGUGUUUCAGGUAG